GUACAGAUAUCGCUACUUCGCCAGAUCUCUGAUAAGUUAUCAGUGAGCCUUUUCAUACGUUCGCACCGUACCCUCACUGUCAUCGUUUCAUUAUGUUACAAAUUUAUUUCGUACGUGUUAUAUUGCGCGUGAAAAAAACCGUAUAGAAAAUGAUGUGACGGUAGUUUUUCAGUGUGAUCCAAAAUGUCAUUACGGUUUGUGUUUUGUUGCGUAUUUUUUGCAUCGUUGUUACGAAUAAAUGAAGCCAUUCUAGAAAAAUGUGGUGUGACGUACUGCGUAGGAGAAGCCUACGUAUGUAUAAAUGAUGAAUGCUACUGCGCAGAGGGAUACACGCCCAACCACUUUCAGACACGUUGCGUAAGAUGUCCAGGUCUGGGUGAAAAGUGUUUCGGAACAUGUUGCAGUGAACAUCAAAAUGGGAGUCUUCAAUGCCGACAGGGUGUCUGCCAACCUUGCUAUGAUUCGUAUGGCAAUUGGAUAUGUCGUGACUCCUUGGACCAGAUGCUUCUAGUAUCGAGUACUCAGAUUAUAAUGGCAGCUGCGUUAAUAUUAGGAAUAAUAACGACCUUCAUUUUAUUAUACAGACUUUGCGCCGCUACCGCUAACUUACAGCCUGUAGGAACGAGACCUAAUUACGAAAGUCGUCUGUCUAUUGGAAGCCUGCAAAUUUACGUCGAAGAACGAUUAAGGGAUGCACCUCCAAGGUAUACAAGAACUGCACCAGCUGGAAGCUCCGUGUACCCAGCGUCCGCCUAUCUUAAUGCCGGUUUCAUACACGACAGCAGCGUGCCCCCACCAGCCUACACACCGAGCAAUAAACCGCGAGAUACUCAAAGCGAAACCCUGCAUAUAUGAAAAUCUUUUUUUAAUCGAUCUCUUGUAAAUAUAAUUAUAAACUCCUCUUGAUUUGAUUGCAUGUAACUUUCCUAAUUUUUAAGAUUC